GAUCACUCUCUUUAAGCUACAUGGCUUAUCAUAAUCUCAUAUAUAUGUAUGCGUAAGCGGUUUCUGGUAUCUUUCUGUAGUUUUUUCCCUCCUCCGUUUCACAUCAUUGUUCUGCUUUCAUAAUAUCCAAACAGGAAUGGCAGAAGACAUCGGCAAAAGCAACCUCGAAUCCUCUGCUGCUGCUUCAACAACCUCCCGAGGUUUCUGGCCUUCCGUCUUACGUUGGAUCCCCACUUCCUCCGAUCACAUCAUCAAUGCUGAAAAACGCCUUCUUUCUCUUGUCAAGACUCCAUAUGUUCAAGAACAGGUCAAUAUAGGUUCCGGUCCACCUGAUUCCAAAGUUAGAUGGUUCCGUUCAUCGAGCAAUGAACCACGGUUUAUUAACACAGUUACGUUUCACAGUAAGGAUGAUUCUCCUACGCUGGUGAUGGUUCAUGGAUAUGCAGCUUCUCAGGGUUUCUUUUUUCGCAAUUUUGAUGCCCUUGCCUCCCGUUUCAGAGUGAUUGCUAUUGAUCAACUUGGUUGGGGUGGAUCUAGCAGGCCUGACUUUACAUGCAGAAGCACUGAAGAAACUGAGGCGUGGUUCGUUGAUUCUUUUGAGGAAUGGAGAAAGGCCAAAAACCUGAGCAAUUUUAUACUACUUGGGCAUUCUUUUGGUGGUUAUGUUGCUUCCAAGUAUGCACUUAAGCACCCUGAGCAUGUAAAGCACUUGAUUCUGGUGGGACCUGCUGGAUUUUCAUCAGAAUCAGAAAGAAUUACAAAGUUGUUAUCAACAUGGAAAGGAUCAAUCCUGAACCAAAUAUGGGAAUCUAAUUUUACACCUCAGAGAAUCAUCAGAGGUUUAGGUCCUUGGGGUCCUGGUAUGGUUCGCAAGUAUACAAGUGCCAGGUUUGUUACAUAUACAACUGGGGAAAUGCUGGCAGAAUCUGAAUCGAGUUUACUGACAGAUUAUGUUUACCAUACUUUAGCAGCCAAAGCCAGUGGCGAGCUGUGCUUAAAAUAUAUAUUUUCAUUUGGAGCACUCCCGAGGUCACCUCUACUUCACAGUGCAUCAGAGUGGAAGGUGCCCACCACCUUCAUAUAUGGUUUUCAGGACUGGAUGAAUUAUGAAGGUGCGCAAGAAGCUCGCAAACAAAUGAAUGUUCCAUGUGAAAUCCUUAGGGUUCCCCAGGCCGGGCACUUUGUGUUCAUUGACAACCCAAGUGGCUUCCAUUCAGCAGUGUUUUAUGCCUGUAGAAGGUUUCUUAGGCCUGAUCAAGACACUGAAUCCCUUCCUGAAGGGCUAACCUCUGCAUAGAGUAUAAUCUUGUGUAGUGCUGUCUAUGAGCAUGAUUAAAAUUAAAUUCCUUUAAUUCAAGCCAUGUCCUAUUCAUGCUUAAAUGGAAAUUUACAGUUGCAAGGGCAAUUCAAAAAAUAAUGAUGUGUAAAAUAUUUUUCAUUACUGAAACAUGUGCUCACUAUAACUGGCUAUUAGGUUGUUUAUUUAUUGUGUUAUCAAUAGAAAUUUAGAAUCAACUAUGAUAUAAAUACAAUUAUACAAA